UUUUCAUUUACUUUAAAACAUAGAAAAGGGACAAUUCCAUAUAUAGAGAGAGAAAGAGUGUGGUUAAUGAAACAUUAAAAAAAAACAUAAAACAACAUUGUUUCUAUAACAACAAUGUCACUCUUCUACCUUAAGUCAAUUCCUAGUAUGCUUUCAAAGUUUUUGUUCAUUAACAUGAAUAUUUUCUUCUACUUUACUCUGUUUCUGUGAUGGAUGGUUUGAUUUGAAGGAUUUUUUAUAUUACAAAACAAAAUCUGGGUUUGUAAGUGAGUUUGUGAUGGGAAGUAAUAGUAGAAGAAAAGAUGGUGAAGGAACUUCUGGAAUCAAAAGGGUUGAAGAAGAAGAUGAUGAUAAUUAUGAAUAUGAACAACAUAUGAAUUUUAUGCCUUCUCAAAUUCUUCUUGACAUGCAACAGGUCCCUGGAAUGAUGAGACAAGUUGAAUCGCCACAAAGAUGGAUGCACAACGGAUAUGUAGAAACAAUGGUUCAUGAAAGAUUGAAAAGUGUGAGGAUUGUAUGGAUUCAUGGAGGUACCAAUGUUGCUAUUGCAGGUUCCUGGAACAACUGGGAAAUAACAGAGACCUUGCAGAAUGUAGGUCAACACUUUGUGAUUGUGAAAACACUUCCAAUAAGAAUCUAUCAUUACCGUUUCAUCGUAGACGGUUAUUGGACACACGCUCCAGAGUUUCCAUACGAUCUCGAUGAUUCGGGUUAUAUCUACAAUAUAUUGGAUUUGCAGGAUUAUAUCCCGAUAAGAGUACAAAAUUCUGAAGAUCCAUCAUCGCCUCCGUCGAGUUACGAUAACAUAUUCUUAAAUGAAGAUGAUUUCAACAAACCUCCACCAGAAUUACCACCACAACUACAAGUUACAAUAACACAAGAAGCCGCGUCCACGAGCGAUGCUGGUACGGUUUCGGUCCCUAGUUUAACACAUGUGGAUUUGAAUCAUCUAUACAUUCACAAAUCUGAUGAUGAACAAUUUGUGGCACUAAGAUCAACUCAUAGGUUUCAACAAAAAUUUGUCACUACAGUAAUGUACAAGUCCCUGCACAGAGAAAGAUAAUGCAACAUUUUACUAUCUCUAUUGAACUUUCUUUGAGAACAUUUUUUUAUGGUCAUUGAUCUAAUAUGUAGAAAAUUGAUUGGAAUAGGUGAAUUAUAAGAAUUUAUUUUCUUGUGAUAAAGUUUAGAAAUUGUUAUUUAUUUAUUAUGGAAGUUAGUAUAUUCAUAGCACUAGUCCUCUUUGGAAAUUGAAUGUAUGAUGACAUAAUGUUUGGAAGGAGUUAUUUAUUCAAGUUUAACAAGUAUUACUA